GAGUUCAUAUCAGCCGUCGAUUACGAUGCUGCGUCCCGGCCCAAAUCCAGCGAAAAAGGCUUUAUGUGGACCCAACACCGAAUAACUCUUUCGGCCCAAUUGUUUGAAGAUAUUGUUAGUCCCUUUCAAAACGAACGGCUAAGAUUCGUCCACGUGUUGGAAAUCCAACGUACUUGAUGGAAUCUCCCGCUUCUGUCGUUUUCACUUUUCCUUUUUUUGUCCAUAAAAGGAGGGGUUUUUUUACCCCGACAUUCUCCGUCUCUGGACAAGUGUUGUCUGGUCCUCCUAGAAAAAUUGAGAUUUGUCUCGAAGCUCAGGUAAUGGCGAAGGACAUCAGAUUCUUCGAGCUGAACACUGGAACGAAGAUCCCGUCUGUCGGUCUCGGGACAUGGCAGGCUGCUCCUGGCCUCGUCGGCGAUGCCGUCACGGCCGCUGUGAAGAUUGGGUAUCGCCACAUUGAUUGUGCUCGGAUCUAUGGAAACGAAAAAGAGAUCGGGACAGCUCUGAAGAAGUUGUUUGAAGAUGGAGUAGUGAAGCGAGAGGAGUUGUUUAUCACAUCAAAACUAUGGUGUACGGAUCAUGACCCACGAGAUGUACCUGAGGCUUUUAACAGUACACUACAGGAUCUGCAGCUUGACUAUGUUGAUCUGUAUCUUAUCCAUUGGCCUGUCCGGAUGAAGAAAGGUUCUGUCGGUGUUAACCCUGAGAACAUCUUGCCUGCUGAUAUUCCCAGCACGUGGAAAUCAAUGGAAGCUCUCUAUGAUUCGGGAAAGGCGGGAGCCAUUGGAGUGUGCAAUUUCUCUACUAAGAAACUCGCGGAUCUUUUGGAUGUGGCUCGUGUUCCUCCGGCCGUUAACCAGGUUGAGUGUCAUCCCUGUUGGCAACAGACUAAGCUACGGGAGUUCUGCAAAUCCAAAGGGGUUCACCUCUCCGGAUACUCGCCAUUGGGUUCUCCAGGCACAACGUGGAUCAAGAGCGAUGUACUGAAGAACCCCGUCCUGAAUAUGGUGGCCGAGAAGCUCAGGAAAACGCCUGCACAAGUUGCCAUUCGAUGGGGGCUCCAAAUGGGUCAGAGCGUGCUUCCGAAGAGCACCCGCGAAGAGAGGAUCAAGGAGAAUUUCGACGUUUUCGAUUGGUCAAUACCCGAUGACUUGUUUGCCAAGUUUUCCGAGAUCGAACAGGGUAGGUUGGUAAGAGCUACGUUCUUCGUUCACGACACUCUCAGCCCUUUCAAGAGCGUUGAAGAGUUGUGGGAUGGUGAGAUAUGACCUCAUAAAGGGUCAUCCAGCCCUCACUUUUGAGAAUAAUGAUAUCCGUUUUCGAUAUAAAAUCCAGGUUCAUUUGGGACAUGUUGAUGUUUUAUUUAUAAAAAAAAACAAAUUCAAGUUUUUUCUGCUAAAAUUGAUAAUUACAAUUUUUUUUUUAA